CAAAAAAUGGUUGGAAAGUGAUAAACAAAUUAUUUUUAGGUAUAGCCGGUAUCCAUGACAAAUUAAAAUAAGAAUUGGUAUAAUAGGUAUUAUGUAUUAUAUAUAAUUCUAGGGAUAUAAUUCAUAAUUUAAAAAAUUAUAAUUAGAAUAAUAGAUAAUACCAUAAGCAAGUGAUAAUAAUUAUAGAAGAUAAGUAAAGAUUUAAUCUAUACCUAUAUUCAAUACCUAUUCAUGCCGCUAUGGUAAUGGCCAAUCCGUAACAUAGGUACGUGAAAAGCGAUUAAUUUUUUUUUACAUUUUUGUAUUUUCUUAAUUUUUCAAAUUAAAAUUUAAAAUUUGUGUAGUACUUUAACUGUAUACGGUGUAUAUAGUGAAUUGAUAGGUAUCUAAUAACACAGAACAGUAGAAUAUGGCUUGUAAUAUUGAUCAAUUUUUGGAUCAGAAUACACCGAUCAAUGAACCAUUAAGGGGAAAAUAUAUGAAAAGUUUUGGUUACCAUUCUCUAAUGCAUAGAAUGCCAGAUGUAUUUACUGCAAUGACUGAUUUAUUAAAAGCCGAACAAUUCAACUUGGCGAACAAAGAAGAAAUAAAUGAUGUCGUUGACAAAUUGGAACUACUACUUUCUGAAAUAUUGAACAAUAAACCUCUACGAAAAAUUGAUAGUACUUCUACAUUAUCAUUGAUGUGGAAUCAAUUAUUAGAAAAAAAGUUUAAUUCAGAUUCUAUUGUAACAUGGUUUGAAACAGAAUGGCUUUUUACUGAGAAUUAUUUGUACAUAAGAAUUAAAGAGAUUUGUGAAAAAACGAAAACAUUGAACAAUUAUGACCCUUUCAAAGAAUUGAAGUUCAAAGCUUUUGAUGAAUCUGAAACAACUAUGAUAGCUAUAGCAAAAUUUUUAAUUCUUCAAUUUUCAAAGAAAGAAUUGGAUAAUAUCAAUUUGAAAACACUUUUUAUACAAAUGUUAAAAAUUUGUUUGUGGGGAAAUAGAUUUGAUUUAUCUCUUAACAUUGGAAAAUCAAAAAACAUAACUGAAGAUCCGUUGGAAGCUGUUGUAUCCUUAGAUAAAUAUAUUUUGGCUGAUCAUUCAGAUGAAAUUUGGAAUACUUUGAAUGUUUCAAAUGACAAAAACCCUAAGAUAAUUGAUAUUAUUUUGGAUAAUUCGGCUUACGAAUUAUUUACGGACAUGUGUUUGGCAGACUUUUUUAUUACUUAUGGUUUUGCCGAAGCGGUUGUGUUUCAUGGAAAAUCUAUUCCUUGGUAUGUGUCAGAUGUUACAAAACCAGAUUUUGAACACUUUUUAAAUCGUUUAGUAAAUGAAUGUACAUCAAGUGCCCUUCAACAAAUUGGAAAUAGAUGGAACAAUUAUUACAAAACUGGUAAAUUUAAAAUUGAGUGCGAGGAGUUUUGGACCUUACCUCACUGUUAUUCUACAAUGGCCACUGAAGAUUCAGAGUUGUACAAAAAAUUAGCUUGUUCCCAAUUAUUAAUAUUUAAAGGCGAUUUAAAUUACAGAAAAUUAAUUGGAGAUAUCAAUUGGUUACCAUCAACUACAUUUAAGUCUGCCUUGUGCGGAUUUCAACCUACAGCUGUAGUAGCUUUACGUACAUUAAAAUGUGACUGUGUAUGUGGCCUUAACUGUGAUUAUGAAACCAUUAUUGAUGAAAAUGAUAAAGAUAAUAAUUAUCGCUGUUCUACUAAUUAUUGGCAAGUUAAUGGAAAAUACGCUGUCGUACAUUUGAGUAAAUAAUUAACAUUAUUUCCCCUCUCGGAAAUAAAAUACAUAAGUUUUUUUAUAUUGUCAAUGUUGUAUUUUGUUAUUGCAUUCACGUGUAGUGAAUAUCUAUUAUUUUAGCCAAAAGUUUUGAGAUGUAACUUUAAUAUUGUUUUGUAAUUACUUAUUAUAUUUUUAUUAAAGUAUCUUAUUUACAUCA